AUGAGCGGCGAUCUGUCCACCGACUUACCCAUCGUCGACCUCGACGUCUACCGCGCCGGGCCGCCCGACUCCGAGGCUGCGAUCGCUGAGUGCAAGAAGGCCGCAGAGGCUCUGAUCACCUACGGUGCACUUCUAGUACGCGAUGGACGCGUCUCCGAAGACGACAACACGGCCUUCCUCGAUCUCAUGGAAGAUUACUUCGCGCAGCCCGAUGAGGCACUCAAGAAGGACGAACGUCCUGAGGUCGGCUACCAAGUCGGCGUGACCCUCGAGAACACCGAAAAGCCCAAGUGCGCGGCCGACGAGCCUUGCCUCAAUGUCAUUGCACGGCUGGAUCCUGCGGAGCGACCGUUAGACAUCACCGCGCACUCGCCUGACCCCAAAUGCCGCUUCUUCUGGCGGAUGGGCGAGCGCCCUCCGUAUGAGACCCAGUUCCCUGCUCUCAACACGCCGAAUGUCGUCCCGGAGGCAGAGCCGCUCAAGAGUAAAUGGCCUGUGACGAUGGACAAGUGGGGAACGUCCAUGAAGCACGCAGUCGAGGGCAUAGCGGAGAUGACUGCCGUCGGCCUCGGCUUGUCUCCUGAUGACUUCACGUCGGCCGGCAGAUAUGGGCCUCACCUCCUGGCACCGACGGCGUCAGAUCUAAAGAAGUACGGCAAGAAGGACACCAUCUUGGCUGGCUUCCACACAGACCUGAACUUCUUGACCAUCCACGGACGGUCUCGCUACCCUGGCUUGAAUAUCUGGGCGCGCAACACCGGCAAACGCAUCCCAGUGCGGAUGCCGCCAGGCAACUAUUUGCUCGUACAAGCGGGCAAGCAACUCGAGCAUAUCACCGGCGGCCUCGUAAAGGCAGGAUAUCACGAGGUCGUCGUCAACGACAACACACUUGCUGCCAUGGAACACCGUCGUAAAGAGCAUCCCGAGCGACCGCUCAUCCGCAUAUCGUCGACAUUCUUCUGGCAUCUGUCUUCGGACUUUGACUUGAAGCCAAUUCCAAACUUGGUGGACAAGGCACUCGCUUUGCGCGCCGACCGUGUGAAUCUGGGCCUGUACGAAGGCGAGGAGCCAGCGUAUCCUCCAAUGAAGGUUGGACAACAGGUUCAGAACGAGCUCAAGCACAUAGCGCUCAUGGCGUAGUAUACCAUCGCGGGAUUUCAAGGGCGCUAGC